CUCAAAUCUGCAACUGCAGACUGUGGCGGAGGGCACGACAGUUUUAAACUCAAAAACACUGGAAGUCGCUUUGAUUCCAAGCUUGGGAUGAGAUGGUUGAACAAGGCGCGAUGUCUGGCAGAUGGUUCGAGGCGUUUUCUGUCAUUGGCUCGGAAGGAUGAGGUGAAUGCCUUGAAUAAUUUCCCUUCCGAAAUUCGCAACAUUGGGAUUGUUGCUCACAUCGAUGCUGGCAAGACAACUGUUACCGAAAGAAUGCUUUAUUUGGCUGGAGUCAUACGCAGCAUGGGCGAUGUCGACUCCGGGAACACAGUUACGGACUUUUUGGAUAUGGAGCGAGAAAGAGGUAUCACAAUUCAGCUGGCGGCGAUAACUUUCGCAUGGCAGAAGCAUAGGAUCAAUUUGAUAGAUACUCCAGGACAUGUUGACUUCACAGUGGAAGUUGAGCGAUGUGCUAGAGUUCUCGAUGGCAUUAUCACCGUUUUAGAUGCAUCUUCUGGUGUCCAGGCACAGACUCUUACUGUUUGGCGCCAAGCUACGAAGUUCCAUUUGCCUUCGGCGUUUUUCGUCAAUAAGUUGGACAAAAAAGAAGCGGAUUUUGAGAGAUCUGUAGACUCUGUAGAACAGAAGCUGGGCAUCAGAGCAUUGGCUACUGCCGUUCCUUACAUGUCUGAACAGGAAUCGGGUGUUGUGGACUUACUCAAGAAAAAAUUUAUUCCUUUGCAUGCUGAUGGGCAGUGGAAGAAUGUUGAAAUGAAACAACAUCUUGGAGAUGUUCUUCAUGCUGGUCGAGAGAAUCUUUGUUGUCACCUUGCUGAAUUGAAUGCGGAUUUCAUGUCUUUAUUUUUGGAGAAGCAUAAUGGUGAUGCUAUGGAAGUGCCUUCUGCAUCGAUUGCCAGAGCUAUGCGUGAAGUUACGCUGUCAAAUCGUGGAGCAGCUAUCGGUUGCGGAAGUGCUCUUCGUUGUCCAGCAUCAGUGCAACCAGUGUUGGAUUAUGUUGUGCAGUUUCUGCCCUCACCGAAAGAAAGAAAUCUAUCCUUAACUAAAGUGUUUGGUGACGAUCUCUGUGGACUUGUUUUCAAAGUAGUGCAACUGUUUUGGAUUGGCCAUGACAAACGAAAAGGAAAGCUGAGCUUUGUGCGAGUAUACACUGGGACGCUGACUAGUAAUUCUGUUCUGUUCAACUCCAGCCGUGGUACGAACGAAGGACCGGUGAAGCUUUUCUUGGCUCAAAGCAGUGAGCUUAUACCAGUCACUAGUGUUACUCAAGGAAACAUUGCGGUGGUUGCUGGGUUAUCUAGCGCAAUGACUGGUGAUACCCUUCUAGCGAGUGAAACUGUCGGGCAUCAGGCAGCGCAUUCAAGACAUGAAUUAAAGAACACUGCUAAAGUGCAACACGAUUACCAUCGCAAGGAUUCACACAACAUCAUUCCUAGUGGAACAAAGGAUGAUGCUCUUGAUAUCGAGGUAGUUGGCGACGGGCAAAAUGUCGUUCUGAAAGGUAUCGAUAGCCCUGAUCCUGUCUACUUCUGCUGUAUUGAGCCACCAACAACGAAGUCGAAUCUUGAGUUCGAGAGAGCGUUGAAUGAAAUAGCUGUGGAGGACCCAUCUUUGAGAGUGCGAUUUGAUCAUGAGACUGGACAAACAAUUGUAGAGACUAUGGGAGAGCUUCACUUAGAUAUCGUCAAGAAUCGUCUGGUACGAGAUUAUGGUCUGAACGUAUUCGUUGGACCUUUGCAGAUAGCUUAUCGUGAGAUAAUCAGUGACACAAUAACGUUGACGCGCACUGUGCAGGAUACUGUAGACGAAAAGAAGAGAGUACAUAGUGCUAACUUAACCUUGUGCUUGGAGCCGACGCCAAAGAGCGGAAAGUUCAAAUCGGUGCGUGUGGAACUUCCUCCAGACUCGGCCCCAGUACGUAGUGACUGGCUCAAAGCAAUAAAUGAAGGCUGCAAUAAUGCUCUUCAUAAUGGCCCGGUUUUGGGUUUUCCUAUGCAGGAUGUGGUAGUCAAACUCAAGGCAAUUACGACAAGUGGAGGACGAGUCAAUCCUGCCGUUUUGUCGGCCUGCGCCCACAAAUGCGUCACGGAGGCUAUCGAAGCAGCAGGCGCACGGUUGAUUGAACCGGUCAUGCGGCUAGACAUAAGUUUGGAAAGCGGCACUGAAGCACAGCCUAUCUUGCAGGAGCUCUCAAGUCGUCGAGGUGACAUUCUGGAGUGCUGCGGGACUCACUGGGGUGCAACUCUCAUAACCGCUCGCCUUCCAUUAUCAGAGAUGCCGGGUUUCCCAACCACAUUACGAACUUUGUCCUCAGGCUUAGCUACUCUACACGUGCAAGUUGAUGAUUAUAGAAUAGUAUCCGAUAACGAUCAGGCAAACAUUGUUAGCAGGCUAAAAGGAACUAAAUAGGAUCACUUUGGUACUGGCCACUUCUAUGUACAUGAUUGUUUGUAGCAUUGUUUUUUUCGUCAUUUGAAUGGUUUAUUUCUUAGGAACAUCGAUCUGUUGAUUAUUUGUUGUUAACCGAUUCUUUUCAGUUUACUUGUGUAUCACAUAAAUUUUUUGAUCACAGUAUUCAGAUAAAAAUAUGAGAUUCUUU